AUGUUGAUAAGGUGUUCGGCGGCACUAUGUGUCGUCGUUUUCCUGCUUGGUGCACAAGCCAGCACAGAGGGAAACCUCUUCACGUGUCCAAAUGGAUGGGAGUUGAAAGGCUUACAUUGUUACAAAUUCUUCAACAUCAGGCAUUCAUGGGAGAAAGCGGCAGAACUAUGUCGAAGGUACGGCAGCGAACUUAUGGUUGUAGAUAGCUAUUCAGAAAACAACAUGACUGCCAGCAUGGUGCCAGCCAGUCCCAGUAACAACCACUACUGGCUCGGACUCGCGACGGUCGACGACUUAAGAACGAACACACUCGAAUCAGCUGCUGGUGCUCUGGUAUCGCAGUACGCAGGUUUUUGGGACCUACGACAGCCAAACCCCAAACAAGGAGAAUGUGUCGACGUCCACGUCUCAUCCGACAGCCAGUCGUGGGAAUUAACGACCUGCGAAACUCUGCUUCCAUUCAUGUGCCGUGCUACUGCCUGCCCUGCCGGAACCUUCCAUUGUUCUAAUGGAAAAUGUAUAAACGCAGCCUUCAAAUGCGACAAGCAAGACGAUUGUGGUGAUGCUUCCGACGAAAUGGACUGUGCUUCCGAAUGUCACUUCUACAUGGCCAGCAGCGGAGAUGUAGUCGAGAGUCCCAACUAUCCACACAAAUAUCCUCCCUUCAGUGAAUGCAAAUGGACUCUCGAAGGGCCACAGGGUCAAAAUAUCGUUCUACAGUUCCAAGAUUUUGAAACUGAAAAGUCUUUCGACACUGUUCAAAUUCUGGUGGGCGGCAGAACCGAAGAUAAAUCUGUUAAUUUAGCGACACUUUCCGGCAAACAGGAUUUAUCUAACAAAAUUUUCGUAUCCGCAUCGAACUUUAUGAUAAUUAAAUUCAGUACAGAUGGGUCAGUAGAAAGGAAAGGUUUCCGUGCUGCUUGGAAAACGGAAUCUUCUAACUGUGGUGGCAUGCUUAGAGCGACACCUCAGGGUCAAGUAUUAACAUCGCCUGGUUAUCCAAACGGUUAUCCUGGUGGCUUAGAAUGUGUAUACGUCAUCGAAGCUCAACCAGGUAGAAUAGUCUCAUUAGAGGUUGAAGAUUUAGAACUGGGUAUGAACCGUGAUUACAUCGUUAUUAAGGACGGUAACACUCCAUCCAGCCCCGUCUUAGCAAGGUUAACUGGACCAGGCGAAGAAAAUCAAAAGGUUGUUAUAUCGACGACAAAUCAUCUGUACAUGUACUUCCGAACGAGUCUUGGUGAUUCUAAAAAAGGAUUUAACAUGAGAUAUUCUCAAGGUUGCCGAGCAACUAUUAUAGCAGCGAAUGGUACUGUUACAUCGCCUGCUUACGGUCUUGCAAGUUACCCGAAUAACCAAGAAUGCUUAUAUAGAAUAAAGAACCCUAACGGUGGCCCACUGUCAUUGAAAUUCGACGAAUUUAACAUUCAUCCAUCUGACAUAGUGCAAGUUUUCGACGGAGCUAGCACAAGUGGUUUAAGAUUACAUUCCGACAAUGGAUUCAUCGUAAAACCAAGAAUAACACUGACUGCUUCCAGUGGCGAAAUGUUGAUACGAUUUAUGUCUGAUGCUUUGCAUAAUGGAAUAGGUUGGAAGGCGACGUUCUCGGCAGAUUGCCCCACUCUUAAAUCCGGAAUUGGUGCUUUAGCGUCAAACAGAGAUACCGCCUUUGGUACAGUUAUAACAUUCUCAUGUCCGAUUGGACAAGAAUUCGCCACAGGGAAAUCUCGUAUCACAACAAAAUGUUUAGACGGAGGAAAAUGGUCAACUACUUACAUUCCUAGCUGUCAAGAGGUAUACUGCGGUCCAGUCCCACAAAUCGAUAAUGGAUUUUCAAUUGGCUCUACAAACGUGACUUAUCGAGGUGUUGCAACUUACCAAUGUUAUGCUGGAUUUGCUUUCCCAACUGGACAGCCUAUCGAAAGAAUCUCGUGCUUAUCUGAUGGACGAUGGGAGAGAACACCAACUUGUUUGGCAUCACAAUGUGUAGCCUUGCCGGAUGUCCCUCACGCCAAUGUGACGAUCUUGAAUGGCGGAGGUCGCAGCUACGGUACAAUUGUUCGCUACGAGUGUGAACCCGGCUACGUAAGAUCUGGACAGCCAGUGCUAUUGUGUAUGAGUAACGGAACAUGGUCAGGAGAUGUGCCAACUUGUUCCAAGGCAUUGUGCCCCAAGUUCCCUGAAAUUAAGAACGGGUUCAUCGUUGACCAAACCAGGAUUUACAUGUUUGGUGACGAAGCGCGUGUUCAAUGUUUCAAAGGAUACAAACUGAAUGGUCCUAGCGUACUCAGGUGUGGACCCAACCAAGAAUUCGAUAACCCUCCAACUUGUGAAGACAUCAAUGAAUGUAUCAGCAGCCAAUGUGACUCAGCGUCAACUGAAUGUAAAAACAGCCAGGGUGGUUUCUUCUGCCCCUGCAGACCUGGCUUCACACCAAACUUGGACUGCAGACCUGUUGGCGAUUUAGGACUGAUCAAUGGAGCUAUUCCUGAUGAGUCCAUCACCACUUCUACACCAGAACCUGGAUAUGCUAAAGGAAUGGUACGAUUAUUGGGCAACGGAGGUGGAUGGUGUGGUAACAACCUAGAGGCCGGAGCCAACUGGAUCCUUAUUGAUUUGAGAGCACCAACGAUCAUCCGUGGAUUCAGGACUAUGAGCGUUAUGCGCGCCGAUGGCAACAUAGCUUUCACUUCUGCAAUCAGGAUUCAGUACACUAACGAUUUGACCGAUGUCUUCAAAGACUACACUAACCCUGAUGGCACUGCUGUAGAGUUCCGUAUUCUUGAACCUACUUUAUCUGUCCUUAACCUGCCAGUACCUAUUGAAGCCCAGUAUGUCAAGUUUAAGAUCCAAGACUACGUUGGUGCACCAUGUUUGAAGAUUGAGAUCAUGGGAUGCGCUAGAUUAGACUGCACUGACAUCAACGAAUGUAGCGAAAACAAUGGAGGAUGUGACCAGAAAUGUAUAAACACACCUGGAAACUUCUCUUGUGCUUGCAACAUUGGUUACGAACUCUAUUCCGCCAACGGUACAGCUGGUUACACCAUUGAAAAAUCGGAAACUGGUGAGAGAGAUGGUGACACUUACCAAAGGAACAAAUCUUGCGUACCAGUCAUGUGCCCACCUCUUAGUUCACCAGAAAACGGGAAAUUGCUGUCCACAAAGGAUGCUUAUCACUUUGGCGAUAUUGUCCAAUUCCAAUGUGAUUUUGGAUUUGUAAUGUCUGGAUUUUCUUCACUUCUUUGUACCUCCAGUGGAACCUGGAACGGAACUGCACCUGAAUGUCAAUAUGCCCGUUGUGUAACAUUAUCUGACGACAAAAACGACGGACUAAAGGUGAUCAGAGAUGAUCCUGAUAGUGUACUAGUUCCAUACAGGGAUAACGUUACAAUUACAUGCACCUCACCUGGAAGACAACUCAGGAACACUGUCACAUCAUCAUUCAGACAGUGCGUGUAUGACCCUAAACCUGGCCUACCCGAUUACUGGUUCUCUGGAGCUCAACCACAAUGUCCCAGAAAGGACUGCGGUAUCCCAAUGCCUACGCCAGGAGCUGAAUAUGGCCAGUACCUUGACACCAAGUAUCAGAGUUCCUUCUUCUUUGGAUGCCAGAACACUUUCAAACUUGCUGGACAAACAAGCAAACACGACAAUGUAGUCAGAUGUCAAGCUAAUGGCAUUUGGGACUUCGGAGAUUUGAGAUGUGAAGGACCAGUUUGCGAAGAUCCAGGCAGACCUGCCGAUGGUUACCAAAUUGCAAGAAGCUACGAACAAGGCUCCGAAGUUCUGUUUGGUUGUUCGAGACCAGGCUACAUUUUGAUUAACCCGAGACCUAUUACCUGUAUACGCGAACCUGAAUGCAAGGUCAUCAGGCCUCUUGGUUUGGCAUCUGGAAGAAUUCCUGACUCAGCUAUCAACGCGACAUCAGAAAGGCCUAAUUACGAAGCAAGAAACAUCAGGCUUAAUUCAGUAACCGGUUGGUGUGGCAAACAAGAAGCUUUCACAUACGUAAGCGUUGACUUAGGCAAAGUAUAUAGAGUGAAGGCUAUCCUGGUGAAGGGUGUCGUUACAUCUGACAUUGUAGGCAGACCAACAGAAAUCAGAUUCUUCUACAAACAAGCUGAAAAUGAGAACUAUGUUGUUUAUUUCCCUAACUUCAACUUAACCAUGAGAGAUCCUGGAAACUACGGUGAACUGGCUAUGAUUACCUUGCCCAAGUUUGUUCAAGCUAGAUUCGUUAUUUUGGGUAUAGUCAGUUUCAUGGAUAAUGCUUGUCUAAAAUUCGAGUUGAUGGGUUGUGAUGAGCCUGCUGUAGAUCCCCUCUUGGGUUACGAUUACGGAUACUCUCCUUGUGUUGACAACGAGCCACCAGUUUUCCAGAACUGUCCGCAACAACCUAUCGUAGUACAAACUGACGUCAACGGUGGUCUGUUACCAGUCAACUUUACUGAGCCUACAGCAACUGACAACUCUGGUGCUAUAGCUAGAUUAGAAGUAACACCUCAGCACUUCAGAACUCCUAUCCAAGUAUUCCACAAUAUGGUUGUACGAUACGUAGCUUUCGACUUUGAUGGAAAUGUUGCUAUCUGUGAGGUGAACAUCACAGUCCCCGAUUACACUCCUCCCAAACUCAGCUGUCCACAAAGUUACGUUAUAGAACUAGUUGACAAACAAGACAGUUACGCUGUCAAUUUCAAUGAAACCAGGAGAAGAAUAAACGCAACAGAUGCUUCCGGCGAGGUUUUCCUUAAAUUCAUACCGGAAAGAGCUGUCAUCCCCAUACGCGGCUAUGAAAAUGUAACGGUUAUCGCCUCCGACAAAUACGGAAACAGAGCUCAGUGCAAUUUCCAAGUAUCUGUCCAAGCCACACCUUGUGUAGACUGGGAACUUAUGCCGCCUGCACAUGGUGCCAUGAACUGUCUACCUGGAGACAGGGGAAUCCAAUGUAUUGCCACAUGUAGUCCUGGCUUCAGAUUUACCGAUGGAGAACCAGUUAAGACGUUUGUGUGCGAAAACAAACGCCAAUGGGUGCCCACAUCAGUGGUGCCCGACUGUGUUUCUGAAAAUACCCAACAAGCUGCCUACCACGUCGUUUCUACUGUUCAAUACCGCGCUCUCGGAGCUGUUUCCAAUGCCUGCUUACCGAAAUACAAGGACUUGGUUGCUCAAUACGACAAUGUUCUAAACGACCGACUAACGCAACGUUGUUCAGCCGUCAACGUAAAUAUUAACGUAACAUUCGUCAACGUGAUCCCAACGCUGCUCGAUGAAAAUGUUGUGAAAAUGGACUUCGUAUUGGCGAUUAUUCCCGCUGUUCGACAAACUCAGCUCUACGACCUCUGUGGUUCGACUUUGAACCUUAUAUUUGAUUUAUCCGUGCCAUACGCUAGUGCUCUUAUUGAACCGGUACUGAAUGUAUCGUCUAUUGGCAACCAAUGUCCGCCAUUGAGAGCGAUCAGAAGUUCCAUUACUAAAGGAUUCACCUGUAGCGUUGGCGAAGUAUUGAACAUGGACACGAAUGACGUUCCAAGAUGCUUACACUGCCCAGCUGGAACUUUUGCAGAAGAGAAACAAAAGACCUGUACAAUGUGCCCUCGAGGAUUCUUCCAAAACCAAGCUCGUCAAGGAUCAUGUCUGAAGUGUCCUCAAGGAACAUUCACAAGGGAAGAAGGUUCCAAAGACAUUAAUGACUGCAUCCCAGUUUGUGGUUAUGGUACAUACUCACCAACUGGAUUGGUUCCUUGCUUGGAGUGUCCUAGAAACAGCUACACUGGGGAACCUCCACUCGGUGGAUUUAAGGACUGUCAAGCUUGUCCAGUGAACACCUACACAUACCAACCCGCUGCUCCCGGUAGAGAUAGGUGCAGAGCUAAGUGUGCACCAGGAACUUACUCCCCAACUGGAUUAGCUCCGUGCUCUCAGUGUCCACGAAACUUCUACCAAAACCUCAUUGGACAAACCUUGUGCAUGGAAUGCCCGACAAACAUGAAGACUGUAGGAACGGGUGCAACAGGCUUAGAAGAAUGUCUACCGGUAGAAUGCUCAAACAGCGCAUGUCAACAUGGCGGAUUAUGUGUACCUAAAGGACAUGGAGUGCAAUGUUACUGUCCGGCUGGAUUCUCAGGACGCAGAUGUGAAAUUGACAUCGACGAGUGCGCAAGUCAACCUUGUUAUAACGGCGGUACUUGUACAGACCUGCCACAAGGAUACCGCUGCGCAUGUCCUACAGGAUAUGGAGGUAUCAACUGUCAAGAAGAAAGGUCCGAGUGCAGAAAUGACACCUGUCCUGAGAGGGCUAUGUGCAAAGAUGAGCCUGGAUUCAAUAACUACACUUGUUUAUGUAGAUCAGGAUACACGGGCGUUGAUUGUGACAUCACGAUUGAUCCUUGUUCGGCUAAUGGAAACCCUUGCACAAACGGUGCCAAUUGUAUUGCACUUCAACAAGGCAGAUACAAGUGCGAAUGUCUGCCAGGUUGGGAGGGCCAACUUUGCGAAAUCAACACUGACGACUGUAUUGAAAAGCCUUGUCUCCUUGGCGCUCCUUGUACAGACUUAGUUAAUGACUUUAGUUGCGGUUGCCCACCAGGCUUUACAGGCAAACGUUGCCAAGAGAAAAUAGAUCUGUGCUCGAAUGAACCAUGCAAACACGGAAUAUGUGUUGAUAAACUCUUCGUCCAUCAAUGUAUUUGCGACCCAGGUUGGUCUGGCCCUUCAUGUGACAUCAACAUCAACGAAUGUGUAAUUUCACCAUGUGAAAAUGGAGGGCAAUGUAUUGAUGGCAUUGAUGACUUCAACUGUAUUUGCGAAGCUGGAUACACAGGCAAGAGAUGUCAACACACAAUCGAUGACUGCUCGUCCAACCCAUGCCAAAAUGGUGCAUCAUGCGUCGAUCAAAUUGACGGAUUUAUUUGCAAAUGCCGUCCAGGAUACAUUGGGCUUCAAUGUGAAACAGCUAUUGAUGAAUGUCUUAAUGAGCCUUGCAAUGCCGUGGGUACUGAGAAGUGUAUUGACCUUGACAACAAAUACCAAUGUGUCUGUCGUGAAGGAUUCACGGGAGAGACAUGUGAAACGAACAUUGAUGACUGUGCUUCGGACCCAUGUUUCAACGGUGGAUCAUGCAAAGACGAUAUUGGUGACUUCAAGUGUGCUUGCCCACCGGGAUGGACUGGAAAACGUUGCGAGAAAGACAUUGGCAACUGUAUGAACAUGCCUUGUCAAAACCAUGCAAAAUGUAUCGAUCUCUUCCAAGACUUUUUCUGCGUAUGCCCAAGUGGUACAGAUGGCAAACAAUGUGAAACUGCUCCUGAAAGAUGCAUCGGCAGCCCUUGCAUGCACGGAGGAAAAUGCCAGGACUUCGGUUCUGGGCUCAACUGCACAUGUUCUCAAGACUACACUGGAAUUGGUUGCCAAUACGAGUUCGACGCAUGUGAAGCUGGUCUCUGUCAGAACGGUGCUACUUGCGUCGACGACGGAGAAGGUUAUAGCUGCAUUUGUGCACCAGGCUUCCAAGGAAAGAACUGUGAUGAAGACAUCGUUGACUGCAAGGAGAACUCUUGCCCUCCAUCAGCUACCUGCAUCGAUUUACCAGGCCGUUUCUACUGCCAAUGUCCUUUCAACCUUACUGGUGACGAUUGCAGAAAAACAAUAAGUGUAGAUUACGACCUCUACUUCAGCGACCCAAUGCGUUCGAGUGCGGCUCAAGUGGUGCCAUUCGAUACAGGAUCGACUGAUAGUCUGACAAUAGCGAUGUGGGUCCAAUACACACAACAAGACGAAGGCGGAGUAUUCUUUACAGCCUACAGCGUUAGCAACUCCCACAUUGCUUUGAACAGAAAACAAAUUAUACAAGCUCACUCAAAUGGCGUCCAAGUUUCCCUAUUCCCGGAACUUCAAGAUGUUUACCUAAGCUUUGGAGAAUUCGCAACUGUAAAUGACGGGCAGUGGCACCACGUUGCUUUAGUCUGGGACGGUAGCAAUGGCGGUGAACUGACACUUAUUACUGAAGGUUUGAUCGCUAGCAAGAUUGAAGGUUACGGCAGUGGACGAACAUUACCACAAUAUGUUUGGGUAACACUCGGCAAGCCUCAAUCUGACAACCCUAAGGCUUACACUGAAGCUGGGUUCCAAGGACAUCUGACUAAAGUGCAAAUAUGGAACCGUGCUCUUGAUGUCACUAAUGAAAUCCAGAAACAAGUUCGUGACUGCAGAACUGAGCCAGUUUUAUAUAGCGGCCUGGGUCUCACCUGGGCUGGUUAUGACGACUUGCUAGGAGGAGUUGAAAGAAUAGUGCCAUCUCACUGCGGUCAAAGAGUGUGUCCCAACGGUUACGCUGGUUCUAAAUGCCAACAGUUGCAAGUCGACAAGGAACCGCCAAGAAUUGAGCGUUGCCCUGGAGAUCUCUGGGUGAUUGCAAAGAACGGAUCAUCAAUUGUGAGCUGGGAUGUUCCUAUGUUCAGCGACAAUGUUGGAGUCGCCAAGGUGGUGGAGAAAUCUGGUCACCGACCUGGACAGAACUUGGCCUGGGGGGCAUAUGACAUUGCUUACAUUGCGUAUGAUGCUGCAGGCAACGCAGCUACUUGCACUUUCAAGGUUACCGUAUUGGCUGAAUUCUGUCCACCGCUACCUGACCCACUCGGUGGUUACCAGUCUUGCCGCGAUUGGGGUGCCGGUGGUCAAUUCAAGGUGUGCGAGAUUGCUUGCCGCGAUGGCCUAAGGUUCUCUCAACCCGUACCACCGUUCUACACUUGUGGCGCUGAAGGUUUCUGGAGACCAACUGCUGAUCCUACUCUACCAUUGGUUUACCCUGCUUGUUCACCGGCCUCACCAGCUCAGCGCGUAUUCAAGAUAUCAAUGUUGUUCCCAAGCUCUGUACUUUGCAAUGAUGCCGGUCAAGGAGUACUCCGACAGAAGGUCCGCAGCGCUAUCAACCAACUCAACAGAGAUUGGAACUUCUGUUCUUACGCUGUCGACGGAACUCGCGAGUGCAAAGAACUGGACAUCAAUGUGAAGUGCGACCACCGCGCUAACUCUAGACAAACGAGACAAGUAUCCACCCCUCCCGCCGUAGCUGCUGAAGAUACUUAUGUACUGGAUGCUAUCAUCCCCGUCGAAGAGACACGAAGCAGUAGGGAGGGUCGACAGGUUGGCGAUACAUACAACGUUGAAAUCUCUUUCCCGUCUGUCAACGAUCCAGUUAUCCACAAUGGUAACAACGAACGCUCCACUGUACAACGCUUAUUGGAGAAACUAAUUCUUGAAGACGAACAAUUCGACGUGAGGAACAUUCUUCCUAACACCGUCCCCGAUCCAGCUAGCUUGAGUCUGGUUUCCGACUAUGCUUGCCCCACGGGACAAGUUGUCAUGGCUCCUGAUUGUGUGGCUUGUGCAGUUGGUACAUUCCUGGACGCUGCCAGCGAUACUUGCAAGCCUUGCCCACAGGGCACUUACCAAUCUGAAGCAGGACAAGUGCAAUGUACUGCCUGCCCAGCUAUCGCAGGACAACCUGGUGUCACACAAUCGACUGGAGCCCGCAGUGCUGCUGACUGCAAAGAACGGUGUGCUGCUGGUAAAUACUACGACUUUGAAGCUGAUCUCUGCCGUCCUUGCGGCCACGGUUCGUACCAACCACGUGAAGGUGCCUUCUCUUGCAUGGCCUGCCCUAGAGGACAAACUACUCGAGCCACAGAAGCCGUAUCGGCUGCUGAAUGCAGAGACGAUUGUCCUUCAGGUGAACAACUGAGCAGUGACGGAGGCUGCGAGCCUUGCCCUCGAGGAACAUGGCGUGCUAAUGGAUCAGGAGCAGCAUGCGCUCCUUGCCCACCAGGAACCACUACCCCGCAAUCUGGAGCAUCAUCAGCCGAUCAGUGCUCUCUCCCCGUUUGCCGACCUGGCUCAUACCUCAACGUCACAUUGAACACAUGUGUACAGUGCAGAAAGGGAACCUAUCAAUCAGAGGCUCAGCAGACAGUCUGUGUUCCAUGUCCGAUCAACACAAGCACUAGAGGCCCCGGCGCUACUUCGGAAGCAGAAUGCACGAACCCAUGUGAAAUGAGUGGCCCAGAGAUGCACUGUGACGUCAAUGCGUACUGCCUCCUGAUACCCGAGACUAGUGAAUUCAAGUGUCAAUGCAAACCAGGCUUCAACGGCACUGGAAAAGUCUGUAUAGAUGUAUGUCAAGACUUCUGUGACAACGGUGGUGAGUGCGUGAAGGAUGCACGAGGUGAACCUUCGUGUCGCUGCACUGGUUCGUUCACCGGCCGCCAUUGCAGAGAGAAGAGCGAGUUUGCGUACAUCGCCAGCGGAGUCGCGGGAGGAGUCAUCUUUAUUAUAUUCUUAGUACUGCUUGUAUGGAUGAUUUGUGCGAGAUCAACAAAGAAGAAGGAACCAAAGAAGACUUUAACACCAGCUAUCGACCAAAAUGGCUCCCAAGUGAACUUCUACUACGGAGCACACACACCGUACGCGGAGUCCAUAGCCCCAUCACACCACUCCACGUACGCACACUACUAUGACGAUGAAGAAGAUGGCUGGGAGAUGCCAAACUUCUACAACGAGACUUACAUGAAGGAAAGUCUCCAUAAUGGGAUGAACGGCAAAAUGAACAGCUUAGCCCGAUCCAACGCCAGCAUAUACGGGACCAAGGAGGAUCUCUAUGACAGACUAAAGAGGCACGCGUACCCGGGUAAGAAAGAUAAGAGUGACAGCGACAGUGAAGGUCAAUAG